CUUGGCUAGCCGGACUCGAGGUCGAAAGCCCAUUGGCGGAGUUGUAUGAUCCGCUGUCCAGGUGGGAAUGCAGGAGAGAGAUGGGUGCCGUCACUUUCGACAAGCUGCUGGAGGUAGCACAAGGCCAAUCACGAGACGGAUUACGUCCAUCCUUCGCAUUCAAUGUCGCCUCAUGUAGCCUGUGUGUCACGUAGCGCGUGUCGAGGUGCAUGUCGAAUGCUGGCACUGCAGACAUGGCUCCAGACAUGGAGACGGAACGAGGCCCCCGUCUCGCUUACUGGACAUCUAAAUGUAGCAAAAGAUGUAGUGACGUUUGUCGGAUUUGACGACCUUCGGCUACACCUUUUGGUCACAGCUUUUCCCAAUUUUAGAAUAUGCUCGGAGGUCGAUCUCGAGCCUUCAAUGUGGGCCAGCCUGAAUGUUCCGAAAUAGGCUUUUGUGAUUGAGGCUCGCUGUCGGAUGCCGCUCAUCGGAGAUUCUAGGUGUUUUCCCCGACCCGCACCAGUGAUUGCAUAUGAAGGAUAUUCGGCUUUACACUGAAAGCAGGCUCGAGGGUGAAGGAGUUGCAUGCAAGUUUAGGCUGAGAAACGGGUUCAGAUUCACACUGUGUUCAAGGGAACCUCAUCGACGGUGUCAAAUCUAUAUUGGCACUUCACUCGGGUGUGUGAGAUAAUCAUGGUACACAUCGUGGUUAUCCAUGGACUCUGAUCUUCACUCGAGUUUAGUUGAGAUGCUCGUGAUUUCAUGGACAUUAUGUCUACUGGAGUGACCAACGAGUUUAUGUUUUCAAGGCGGGCACAAUAGUUUGCAACAGCCAAGCUUGUGUGGACUACAACACCGUGACUGCGAAUUAAAGUCCUUCCUGUCAUUCAACAGGUUAACUAUAUGAAUUUCAAA